CCCAGCCCAGCCCGGCCCAGGCGGGCCCCGACGAUGCCGGGGGCAGCGGAACGGCGGCGGCGGCGGCCCCAGUGACGGCCCCGCCAUGUCGGUGCUGGUGGCGAGGAAGAAGAAGCAGAAGGUGGUGCGGAGAUGGGAGAAGCUGCCCGGCAGGAACACCUUCUGCUGCGACGGCCGCAUCAUGAUGGCCCGGCAGAAGGGCAUCUUCUACCUGACGCUCUUCCUCAUCCUCGGCACCUGCGCCCUCUUCUUCGCCUUCGAGUGUCGGUACCUGGCAGUCCAGCUCUCCCCAGCCAUCCCCGUGUUUGCAGCAGUUCUCUUCCUGUUUGCCAUGGCCACGCUCCUGCGGACGAGCUUCAGUGACCCCGGGGUGAUCCCGAGAGCCCUGCCCGAUGAGGCGGCCUUCAUUGAGAUGGAGAUUGAGGCCACCAACGGGACCGUGCCGCAGGGUCAGCGCCCGCCCCCGCGGAUUAAGAACUUCCAGAUCAACAACCAGAUAGUAAAGCUGAAGUAUUGCUACACAUGUAAGAUCUUCCGUCCGCCCCGUGCCUCUCACUGCAGCAUCUGUGACAACUGUGUGGAGCGCUUCGACCAUCACUGUCCCUGGGUGGGCAACUGCGUGGGGAAGAGGAACUACCGCUAUUUCUACCUCUUCAUCCUCUCGCUCUCACUCCUCACCAUCUACAUAUUCACCUUCAACAUAGUCUACGUAGCACUAAAAUCUCUGAAGAUUGGGUUCCUGAACACGUUGAAGGAAACCCCAGGGACUGUACUGGAGGUGCUCAUCUGUUUCUUCACCCUGUGGUCGGUGGUGGGGUUAACUGGGUUCCACACCUUCCUGGUGGCACUGAAUCAGACAACCAACGAAGACAUCAAGGGUUCCUGGACUGGGAAAAACCGCGUGCAGAAUCCCUACAGCCAUGGCAACAUAGUGAAGAACUGCUGCGAGGUGCUCUGUGGACCUCUGCCCCCCAGCGUCUUGGACAGACGGGGCAUCUUGCAGCAGGAGGAGAGCACAGCUCAGGAGGAGACAUCCACACGGGGGUCCAGCGCUCAAGAGCCCACUGCUGCUCAGGGCCCCGGUGGGCAGGAGGAGGAGAGCAGCGCUCAGCAGAAGGACGGCAGCCUUCCUCACCCGAGUGCCGUCCCUGUGCCGUCCCUGAGCAACGCUGAGAUGCCAGAGGAAAAGCAGCAAACGACUGGGGAGCUCCCGGUCGCAUCCCAGGACGCUGGGCAAGCAGAGCACUAGCCUCUGCUUGAAAGGGAGAACUUUCUUGUUUUGUCUAAUCAAAGCUGGAAGUGAUUGAGGAGAGGAGGAGAUGGGCUGGAUGGCAGGCAAAUGAUUCCUCAUGGCCGUUUUGCUUUAGUCGUUAUUCAUCUCAAUGCGCAGGUGGUGUGGGCUGGCGCUGGCCAUGCAUGGUGGCAAAGGAUAACGAGCACGAGCAGCCCACCGUGAUCACUGAGGGACGCUCACCACCACCGGGGCUGGUCUCCCUGCAGGCCGAGGCAGGACCUCUUGCUCUGCAGGUUGUCCUCAACGCUAAAUACUGGCUUGGUGGCCUGAGCUGUCCCUCCGCCUGGCCCUGACUGACCUGAUGACUUGUGGUCAAGCAGCUCGGAAGCGAUGUUAGGGUCGGCCUGCUCCCUGCUGCUGAGGAAUCCUGAUGGGAAGGAGAAAGUGAUUAAUGGCAGUAACGUCCUCUCUCCCCUCCUCCCUCCUUCCUCUAAUCUGUGGCAUUGUUUUAUUGGUUAACGUGGCAGGGGUUGUCAGGAGACAUUUUGGUGCCAAAAGGGCCGAAAAAACUGGGAAGGUAUUCUGCUGGCA